AUGACCACCAUCACCACCGAACGCAGCCCGGUGCUCCUGAGAGCAACGAGCAUGACGGGGGGCAGCCCCCGGUUGUCCCUGAAGCGUGAAAUAUCUCCCCCAUCCGCCAUCGAUCCGCAACUUCUUAAUCAUAUUUGUGACCGUUUAAACCAACUCGAUUCAACUGUCCAUGAACUUCGCUCCUCCGUCCUUACUAAGGAAUCAUAUGCCGAUAGACGCAAUAGAGAAGAUGAGUUCUUACGUCGGGAGUUCGACAGCCAGCGUGUUCGCAUCGACACCGUUGGCGGCAAGACGAGAUCGGAUCUGAACCAGGUCAAAACUGACCUCUCUCAUCUUGUAACCGAGAUCGUUCAGCUCCGAUCAAACUUCAAUCAGCUAUCAUCGAAGGAUGGCUAUCGGGACUCCGAUCUCACUCGGAUUCAUGACCACCUUGAUCAACUUCAUCUCGAUGUUCAACGUAUGCAUUCCGAAUUAUGCUUGACCAGAACGGAUCUUAGCCAGGAACAGUCCAUUGUCAGUCAACUAAGACUUGACGUGCUGACUCUGCAACGCGAGGCACGCCAGCAAUUUGGAGACAUGAUAUCCCGUUUCGACAUCCUUGAUUCACGAAUGAAGCAUAUGGACCGUAUCCGAUUCAACUCGCUCGCUCAUACCGCCCAUGCUCCCAUCACUCCUGUCCCGGUCAUCGACGUGGAUGGCUCCAUCAGAUUCCCCGAUUACUUUCCGCAGAGUGUUUGGAAGUUCUGGUGCUUGAAGAAAAUGAAUAGGGUCCAUCGUCUAGUUGAACUCGCCGAGUUUUACCAGCUCGAAGGCUACCAGUAUUGGAGUCGUAUGGCUAUUCCUCACGAAUCCACCUUUGCCACCGAUGGGUACUUGAGUGAUGAUAGUGACUCCAGCGAGUUGCCAUCAGAUAUCACUCGAACCGAAGCAGCUCGCCUCUAUCCUGAAGCUUGCCAUCAAGCUCUUGCUGCAACACUGGGCCUCGUCUAUUACAAGAUCCGCAACGAGAUGGGUGAGGGCCGUCCCUCUCACCUUAUGUCUACCCACGUUGCUCCUAAACGUCAUCAUGAGGAAGCUGGAUCAGCACACUCUUCACCUAGACGCCGAAAGAUGCCCCGUCGUUCGCAAGAUGGCAUGUCUAUCUCUGGAAGCGCCAGUGCCAGCGCCCCACACAAGAUCAUCACCAGCUACAUGGCCGCUCAAGCGGGAGACGCCAAAUCUGUCGUCUCCGAAGGUCUCGACAAGCUUGUCUGGAACGUCGACCAGACUCAGAUCUCGGAAGAGACGAUGUCCAAGUUCUCAGACUUCGUCAAGGACGAGCCAAACGCUCUUUUGCUUCUUCAAGCUCUCGAACAUGGCCGCAUCAAGCUGCAACCCAGCCACCUGGAACGAACCCGUCUCUCUCCUACCGAAACGUCCUCCAAGCGAAGCUACAGGUCUGCGAAACGUGAGGUCCAAGGCUCUGCCUUGGCUGAAGCGAAGAGCGAUGACUUUCAUAAUGAAAUGAAUACUGUGCCAACUGAAAUCAUGUCUCCGCGCUCAGCCUCCAAGUGGGAGGCUGAACAAGAAGACGAAGAAGAUGGCCCUCCUUCUUCCUCACCUCCUGAAGCAAAGGAAUAG